AUGACUCUAUUCAUUGGCAACUUUAAACAACAACCACAAAGCAAUAAUAAAAGAAAAAUGGUUCAGCGCAGAAGGCAAAGGAUUACAAGAAAGCUUUUUCAAAGAAGACAUUUUAUCAUUCCCGCCGCACAACCUCCCAGAAUUAUGCAAUACCAACGUACACGACAUCCAAGAUUCUUUCGUCGAAGACAAUACCAUCGUGCAACUUAUCAAAGAAGGAAAAGAAUUCGAUUCAACUCGAACAAUGAUACUUUGAAUAGAAUCAGAAAUCUUCCUACACUAAUGACCAAUAAUCUCAAUAAUUUCAGCAGUUUCGGUAAUUUUUUAGAAGGAUUUUUCAAUGGCACUACAUUCGUUUAA